CUUCCUCAUCGUCAGACCUUUGUCUCUGCCCUCAAAUUCGUCCUUCAGAGAAGGCCGUACAUCGUUGAGCAGGCCUAGUUUGCGAUUGGAACUGUUCGAUUUUGAUCGCGGCGGCUUGGUUUAGCGACUGAGGUGACAAUGUCGGUCCCACCGAGUGCCUCGAGGACAAAGAAGAUUCGUAUUACAGUUGUCGCUGCGGAUGGUCUCUCCAAGCGAGAUGUCUUCCGACUCCCGGACCCAUUUGCUGUCAUCACCGUCGAUGCUGAACAAACUCAUACAACCAGUGUGAUAAAGAAGACUUUGAAUCCUUAUUGGAAUGAGAGCUUCGACAUCACUGUCCAAGAUUCAUCUAUCGUUGCUGUCCAAAUAUUUGACCAGCGCAAGUUCAAGCGAAAGGAUCAAGGAUUCCUUGGUGUCGUCAAUGUGCGGGUUGCUGAUGUUUUGGAUCUUGAGCUCGGUGGUCAUGAAAUGUUAACGCUUGAUCUUAAACGGUCAAACGACAAUCUCAUCGUUCACGGAAAGCUCAUUAUCUACCUCUCCACCAAUGUUACUCAACCCAUUACCAAUCCUGGCCCUUCCCAGGUGUCUAGUUUGAGUACGGCACUUGCCGACAUGGGUAUUAGCAACUCCCCUGCAGCGAGCUCAGCGAAUCUACCAGGAACGCAGAGUGUUGCCAGUGGUUCUUCCUUGUCCCGCGCACAAAGUGCAACAGCUACUCCGGCGACGGAAACAACCACCCAUUCUGAAAGCCUUCCAAAUUCGUCAACGGCAUCGACAGCUCCAUCAACAGCUGAAGAACAAUCACAGACCCAGCCCACUUCUUCUUCCGCUACCACCACCACCGCCAACAGCACCACCACCCAGGCUGCAACUACAACCCCCACAGCAGCCACCACCGCCUCUGCCACAAACCCAGCACAAAGCUCAUCCAAUCCGCAAUCAGCGGCCCAGGCCAACUCUACUGCACGAGCCAAUUUCAAUCCCAACGUGGAUCAAUUUGGACCUUUACCUGCCGGCUGGGAACGUCGACUAGACCCUCUUGGCCGGACAUACUAUGUUGACCACAACACCCGAACGACCACCUGGAACCGCCCAUCCGCCAGCGCUGCUGUGAACACUAGUACCCAGGACAGUGAGACAAAUGCUGCGCGCGACCAGCAUUCCCGGCGAUUAUUGGCAGACGACCUGUUGGAGGCUUCCAAUCCUGGUUAUCGUGGCUCAUCUACCCCUGCCGGGGCUUCAGGAGCCGCAACACCGGCGGUGGGUGCACUGCCUACAUCGACAGCUACUGUAGCCGGGAGCGGAAGUCUUCCCCAUGGAUGGGAGGAACGAUAUACCCCCGAGGGGCGACCUUACUACGUUGACCACAACACGAGGACGACUACAUGGGUUGACCCUCGUCGACAGCAGAUCAUUCGUGUUAUGGGCCCGAAUGGACAAGGCUCACAGUUGCAACCUCAAGCCAUCUCCCAACUUGGACCAUUGCCGUCAGGAUGGGAGAUGCGCCUUACCUCGACUGCUCGAGUCUACUUUGUCGAUCACAACACCAAAACGACCACUUGGGACGACCCUCGUUUGCCGUCCUCGCUUGAUGCCAACGUGCCCCAAUACAAGCGCGACUUCCGAAGGAAGCUCAUCUACUUCCGUAGUCAACCUGCCAUGCGGGCGCAACCUGGUAAUUGUCAAAUCAAGAUUAGGCGUAACCAUAUAUUCGAGGACAGUUAUGCGGAGAUCAUGAGGCAGACUCCGAACGAUUUGAAGAAACGUCUUAUGAUCAAGUUCGACGGUGAAGACGGUUUGGAUUAUGGCGGACUGUCAAGAGAAUUCUUCUUCUUGCUGUCGCACGAGAUGUUUAAUCCCUUCUACUGCUUGUUCGAGUAUUCCGCCCACGACAACUAUACCCUCCAGAUCAACCCUGCUUCCGGCGUCAACCCAGAACACUUGAACUACUUCAAGUUCAUUGGAAGAUGUCUCGGUUUGGGUAUCUUCCACAGGCGAUUCUUGGAUGCCUACUUCAUUGUCAGCUUCUACAAGAUGAUCCUGCGCAAGAAGGUGACGCUCUCUGAUCUGGAGAGUGUGGAUGCUGAACUGCAUCGGGGUUUGACUUGGAUGUUGGAGAACGACAUCACUGACAUCAUCGACGAAACGUUCACGACGGUUGAAGAGCGAUUUGGAGAAAUGGUGACCAUUGAUCUCAAGCCUGGUGGAUCAGAGGUUCAAGUAACGGAAGAGAACAAGAAGGAGUAUGUCGACUGUGUCGUCGAGUACCGAAUUUCCAAACGGGUGAAGGAGCAAUUCGAAGCCUUCAUGUCGGGUUUCAGCGAGUUGAUCCCUCAGGAUCUUAUUACUGUAUUCGAUGAGAGGGAAUUGGAACUGCUCAUUGGUGGUAUGUCGGAGAUCGACGUUGAUGACUGGACUAAGUUCACCGACUACCGCGGAUACGAAGUAACCGACGAAGUCAUUCAAUGGUUCUGGAAGUGUGUUCGCAGCUGGCCACCGGAGCGCAAGUCCCGUCUGUUGCAAUUUGCGACAGGUACCUCGCGUAUCCCUGUUAACGGCUUCAAGGACUUGCAAGGUUCCGACGGACCUCGACGGUUCACGAUCGAGAAGUCGGGUGACCCUACAAUGUUGCCCAAGAGCCACACAUGCUUCAACAGGAUCGACUUGCCGCCGUACAAGGACUACGCGACAUUGGAACAGAAGCUAACUUUGGCCGUUGAGGAAACUGUUGGCUUCGGCCAAGAGUAA